AUAGGUGGAUAGACAGACAGAUACACUGAUAGAUAGAUAGAUCGAUAGAUAACAAACUGUAAAUAUACAAUUAUACAAAGUUUCUCAGACUUGUACCACUCAUCAAAGGAAUACAAACUAGAAAACAUUUUUAAUUAUAUAUUUUAUAUUUUUUAUUAUUUGUAUUUAAGACAAUUAUAAAAUGUGAUAAAAAGUCACAGGCUUAGUAACAUUCUCUAAAUUCUUAAAUUCUCCUUCUGUCGUAGGUUGAGUCUCAGAAGAAAAUAAAGCCUGUUUUAGGGCCAAAAUUAAGAUUUUUGCAUCGGUGAUUUUUUAUUACAGUGAAGCACAUCAUUAUGAUUUUGGUGUGCAAAUAUAACCUGGUUAUUUUAUUAACCAUGCCGUGAGACCCACGCAACUUUUUAUCAAAGCUCCCAUUGUUGCCCUCCAACUGAAUGCCUUUGACUAAAUGUGAUGCCUGGUAUUAAAGGAUGAACGAAGGUUGAUCUUACGGGUUUGGAACGACAUGAGGACAGGUAGAGCAUCAUGGGUGGAGUGGCUCUGGAUGACGGCAGUAGUGGAGUGAAGGCCCCUGAUGGUGGCUGGGGUUGGGCUGUGCUCUUCGGUUGCUUCAUCAUCACAGGUUUCUCCUACGCCUUUCCCAAGGCUGUCAGUGUUUUCUUCAAGGAGCUGAUUAGAGAGUUUGACGUGGGGUACAGUGACACAGCCUGGAUCUCCUCCAUCCUGUUGGCUAUGCUUUAUGGCACUGGACCUUUAUGCAGCAUUUUAGUGAAUCGAUUUGGAUGUCGCCCAGUGAUGUUGGUGGGUGGCCUCUUUGCAUCAUUGGGAAUGGUCUUGGCAUCAUUUUCCACAAGCAUCAUCCAUAUUUACUUGUCUACAGGAGUCAUUACAGGUCUUGGAUUGGCUCUGAACUUCCAGCCAUCACUUAUUAUGCUGAAUCAAUAUUUCAGUGAGAAGCGGCCGCUGGCUAACGGCCUGGCCGCAGCUGGAAGUCCAGUGGCUCUGUGCUGUCUGUCCCCUUUGGGGCAAGUCCUUCAGUAUUACUAUGGCUGGAGAGGGGGCUUUCUCAUCUUGGGAGGGAUGCUUCUGAAUUGCUGCGCCUGUGGGGCUUUAAUGAGGCCUUUGGUCCCGCCAAAGAAGCCAGAGACCCCUGCAACUGAAAACACGCCGGAUGACGGUAACAAGAAAGCAAAGCCCAAGUCCAAGCUGCUGGACUUCAGCGUUUUCAGAGACCCGGGCUUUGUCAUUUAUACAGUCGCUGCCUCCAUUAUGGUGCUCGGUUUGUUUGUGCCUCCAGUGUUUGUGGUGAGCUAUGCCAAAGAGUUGGGAAACGAAGACACGAAAUCCGCCCUCCUGCUUAGCAUCCUGGGCUUCAUUGACAUUUUCGCACGGCCCACGUGUGGCAUCAUCGCGGGACUCCAGUGGGUUCGCCCUCGCUGCGUCUACCUCUUCAGUUUCGCUCUCAUAUUCAAUGGCACCACAGAUCUGGUGGGAUCUCUGUCUAAAGACUACACCUCUCUGGUGGUGUUCUGCAUCUUCUUCGGCAUCUCUUAUGGCAUGGUGGGAGCCUUGCAGUUCGAGGUUCUCAUGGCUGUUGUGGGUACAGAGAAGUUCUCAAGCGCCAUUGGUUUAGUUCUCCUGCUUGAAGCCAUUGCUGUGCUGGUUGGGCCUCCAUCUGCUGGGCGCCUUUUGGACUCCACUAAGAAUUACAUGUUUGUUUUCCUGCUGGCUGGGACUGAAGUCGUGCUGUCAGCAUUAGUGCUGGCCAUAUGCAACUUACUGUUCAUAAAGAAGAAGCCUGAGCCACCAGAGACUGCAACAGAGAAUGGAGAGCCAGUGGAGGCAAAGAAUCACUCCAGUACGCCACCCAUAGAGGAGCCACACAAGUCUAAUGGAAACUCAGAGAAGCUGAAGGAUUCAGGUGACUUGAGAGAUGAAAAUGUUACGCAGGGUCCAAAAGAAGUGGAUAUAUUUCUUAAAGAUAAAGAUGAGCAGAAUAAGAGUAUCCCCAGUAGUCCAGAAAGCAACCUCUGAUGGACGUUUCUGCUUAAGAAGAGGUCAGAAAGACACAAAGCCUAAGGAGAUCUGCAGUGUUAAUGUGUGUCACUGUGUAGUCUGACGUGAUGUCCUAAUGUGUGUGCUACCUUCUCACAGAUGAAUAUUUAAUCAAUAAUAGAGACCUACACUGCACUCACACUGUUAAAAAUCACAUUUGCACUGCCAAAGAGAGAUUUAGACAGGCCACUCUUAAAGAGAACCCCAGGUAUUAAGACUUGUACGGCUUAAUAUAACAUAAAUCAUGUCUCUUACUGAAAUAUGCAGUAGAAAACCCAUGAAAAAAUUGUUAUUUAAAAAAUCCACAUCAUUUUAUACAUAUUUUAGAUUAUGGGGUGGGUGCCAUUAUUUUGAUGCCGUCAAAUGGUUGCACUCUGUGAGCUACUGACAGUACCUGUUGCUAUUUUUACCACAACACAAUUAUGAUGAGAUAAAGAUACAGUGCCACAUUGUGCGGCUUUUAGUUGUAAUUUUCAGUCAAAGGGCAACAAGAGAAGCAAGUCUUCAAUGCUUUCCUAGCGAUAAGAAGAGGAGAAAAGAAUGUGAAGAUGCCUGUGGACGAAUAAAACUUCCUAAAGACCCAAGUCUUUGUUAAGCAAUGAUGACUUUGAGGCUUUUAGUAGACCACAGCUAUUGAAUGAGCUUACAAAUGGCAGAGACAAGAAAUGCUAGAUGCCAUCCAGACAGGAUAUAAACAUGUUGACGCUUGUCAUGACGCCACAUUUUUCAGAGUUUUUCCAAGUUCUGUAUCAGGUAGCACCAGUAGCUCACAGAGUGCAACCAUUUCACAUCAUCAAAAUAAUUUUUACUACAUAUGUCAGUAAGAGACAUCAUUAAGUUAUAUUAAGCCAUACAAGCCUUAAUAUCUGGGGUUGCCAUUAAUACAUCUGUGGCUCAAAACCACAGACAUUUCUGUGACUUAAACCAACAUUACCUAGGUGUAAGUGAUUUAUGUCAUGGAGUUGUAUGCAGAAAAUGAUCCUACGCAUGAGAAAAUGGGAGUGAAGUGCAGAGGCAGAGGCUUUACUGUUGCCAAAAAUAUAACUUUUACAUUUUUGUUAAUACAAAAUAAAUAAGAUAGGCCAGCUCACGUGACAAAAACUAACACAACGUAACAUAAUGCAGUACUUUCCAUAAAAAUGAUUCCAGGGGCCCGAUUUAACAUGCUGUUCAGUGGGCCCAUAGCGUGCUCUGAUAUAGACACUUUUUCAGCCAAUCACAAAGCAUUCAAGGCACUUUGCUCCUGUCAAUCACACUGAAUGUAUAAAGCAGCAAUAUAUAUUCCACAAGAGAGCAUGUUGGGUAAACUUGCAAGAGCGGUUUUCAUGGGUUUGGAGAGGUGUUCGAUUUUGACUUACACAGUCAAACGCCUUAAAAGGAAAUAAGAUGGCUUUUUAUCGCUGGAGGAAGCUUCAAAGAUACAGAUGCUGAUUUUGGUUUUGUUUACCAGGGUUAAGCCUAGAGAUGUAGAAAGGGAAGGCAUGCCUAGUCUGAAAAGUUUAUUGUUGUUACAGCAUCUGUAACGAAGUGCAAAAUAAACAUCACAUUACACAAGUAAAGCAGACAGGAACUGAAAUGGUCAGAUCAUAUUCAUAGAUAUCAGCAGAGACAUCAGAUAUCUGAAGUUUACACUUCUCACACAAAAUGCACUUUCUGUUCUGUGUAGUAUGUGUCCAUAUUUAUAGACCUCAUGCAGUAUGUAAAACGCUUUGUUUUGUGUGUUGUGAGCAGUGUGGUUCAAUUGCUUUAGUAGACUUUUGAAAGUGCCAUGAUUUCUUGCAUAAAGAUUAGUACUUUAAUAUUCUUCAGUAGAACACUCCCCAUAGAAAGCUACUGUAAUCCUGCUGGAUUGACACCUGCCACCCACUGCCCUACUUUAACUUAUAUUCUUCGGUAUGUCGUCACAGAAUUGUAAGGUUCUAUCUGACAUUUUUGUCAUAAUUGAGUUAUUCACAUGUUCUUAUUCGGUGACAACUUAUUGACGUGAUGUUUCUAAGCUGUAAGAUGUGUACAUCUUGGGCCUUUUUUUAAGAAAACAAAAGGGUUCUAUCAACAGAAGACUAUGGAAUGGAAAAACUUUAAAGCUCAAAAUCUCAAAAGUGCUCAGAAUGCAGAUAGAACCUUAGAAUUCUAAGGCGACGAGUAAUUUUUUAUGUUAGUGGAAUAUAACUGUAUUAGUAUUAGUUGUACUGUGAAUUACUUUUUUGUCACUGUCAUGUGUUUCUCAACUAAGACUUUUAACUUUUUACCAUUAUGCUGAGAUCGUCAUAGCAUAGUAAAGUAGAGAGCCGGUAUCUCUGCAUUUAUGACUUCAUAUGAAGAAUCCUUCGGCAAUAUUUUUGCAUUUACCUAUUUUUGUUCUACUCUGAAUGUUUAACAAGUUUUAUCUUAACAAAUAAUUCAUAUAAUUUAAAUGCACCAAAUGUAAAACCAAAUUAGAGGCCAAAUGACAAGUGCUUAAGCUUGACUGAUAUUGUGGUGAAACUGCUGGGGUUUUUUUUAGGAAACAAUGAUGACAGAAAAGCAUGCAGCAUGUCCCAUUGUUUCUCUGGGAUAGAAAUAA